AAGACACAGGAGAAGCGGAACAAUUUGGAAUGGCGCGAUCGACCGUAAUUGGGUCCUUCUGUUUAAUCGGAUUCGCCGGCCUGUGACUCUUCAUCAAUUUUCUAUUCAAUUUGUCUAACCAAGUGUAGAGAAUGGGAACUAGUGUUAACAUCAUUGUAGGUUCUCAUGUAUGGGUUGAAGACCCAGCAAUAGCCUGGAUUGAUGGACAAGUUGUUAAGAUAAAUGGGGUGGAUGCUGAGGUCCAUACAACCAAUGGAAAGACGGUUGUUGCAAAUUUAUCAAAACUAUAUCCAAAGGAUAUGGAAGCUCCUGCAGGCGGAGUUGAUGACAUGACAAAACUAUCAUAUCUGCAUGAACCUGGAGUUUUGCAGAACUUAGCAACAAGAUAUGAACUCAAUGAAAUCUAUACUUAUACAGGAAAUAUUCUUAUUGCCGUGAAUCCCUUUCAAAGAUUACCGCAUUUAUAUGAUUCUCACAUGAUGGAACAAUACAAAGGUGCUCCAUUUGGAGAGCUAAGUCCUCAUGUUUUUGCAGUGGCAGACGUUGCUUACAGGGCAAUGAUAAAUGAGGAAAAGAGCAACUCUAUCCUAGUUAGUGGUGAAAGCGGUGCAGGUAAAACUGAAACUACCAAAAUGCUAAUGCGCUAUCUGGCUUAUUUGGGAGGGCGUGUUGCAACUGAAGGACGAACAGUAGAGCAACAAGUCUUGGAAUCGAACCCAGUGCUCGAGGCUUUUGGCAAUGCAAAAACUGUUAGAAACAACAAUUCCAGUCGUUUUGGCAAGUUUGUUGAGAUUCAAUUUGAUAAGCAAGGUAGGAUAUCAGGCGCUGCCAUUAGAACCUACCUUCUCGAAAGGUCUCGAGUUUGCCAAAUAUCUGAUCCUGAGCGUAACUAUCACUGUUUUUACCUACUUUGUGCCGCACCUCCAGAGGAGAUUGAAAAGUAUAAGCUGGGCAAUCCAAAAUCAUUUCACUAUCUCAACCAAUCAAACUGCUAUGAAUUAGUUGGUGUAAGUGAUGCCCAUGAUUAUUUAGCCACUCGGAGAGCCAUGGAUGUUGUUGGAAUUAGUGCACAGGAACAGGAUGCUAUUUUUAGGGUUGUUGCGGCAAUUCUUCAUCUUGGUAACAUUGAAUUUGCUAAGGGUCAAGAAAUUGAUUCCUCAAUCCCAAAAGAUGACAAAUCCAAAUUCCAUCUCAAGAUGACUGCGGAGCUUCUGAUGUGUAAUCCUGAGGUAUUGGAAGAUGCCCUCUGCAAGCGUGUAAUGAUAACCCCUGAAGAAAUAAUCAAAAGAACCCUCGAUCCUCUCAAUGCAACAGUAAGCAGGGAUGGUUUAGCUAAGACAAUAUACUCUCGCUUAUUUGACUGGCUCGUUGAUAAAAUCAAUGUUUCCAUUGGGCAAGAUCCAGACUCUAAGUCUCUAAUUGGGGUUCUUGACAUAUAUGGUUUUGAGAGCUUCAAAACAAACAGCUUUGAACAAUUUUGUAUCAACUACACAAAUGAGAAGCUACAACAACAUUUUAACCAGCAUGUUUUCAAGAUGGAACAAGAGGAGUAUACUAAAGAAAAAAUUGAUUGGAGUUACAUUGAGUUUGUUGAUAACCAAGAUGUCCUUGACCUCCUUGAGAAGAAACCUGGUGGUAUCAUUGCCCUCCUUGAUGAAGCAUGUAUGUUUCCGAAGUCAACACAUGAAACCUUUUGUCAAAAGCUUUAUCAGACUUUUAAAGUGCACAAGCGUUUCAUCAAGCCAAAGCUGUCUCGCACAGAUUUUACUAUAUGUCAUUAUGCCGGCGAGGUCAUCUAUCAGUCCGAUCAGUUCCUAGAUAAAAAUAAAGAUUAUGUUGUCGCAGAGCACCAAGAUUUGUUGAGCACUUCCAAAUGUCCAUUUGUGUCAGGCCUCUUUCCUCUUCUGCCAGAGGAGACAUCCAAGUCUUCUAAGUUCUCCUCCAUCGGUUCUCGUUUUAAGCAACAACUGCAAGCCUUGAUGGACACACUGAAUUCAACAGAACCUCAUUACAUUAGAUGCGUCAAGCCAAACAAUCUGCUAAAACCAGCGAUAUUCGAGAACGUCAAUGUUAUGCAACAACUACGCUGCGGUGGUGUUCUCGAGGCUAUUAGAAUUAGUUGUGCUGGAUAUCCUACCCGUCGCACAUUUUAUGAGUUUCUACACCGUUUUGGGAUACUUGCUCCAGAAGUUCUAGAAGGAAGCUAUGAUGAAAAGGUUGCAUGCAAGAUGAUUCUGGAAAAGAAAGGUCUAACUGGAUUCCAGAUAGGCAAGACAAAGGUUUUCCUUAGAGCUGGUCAGAUGGCAGAGUUAGAUGCUCGGAGAGCUGAAGUGCUUAGCAAUGCUGCAAAGGCUAUUCAACGGCAAAUACGAACUCAUAUCAUGCGAGAAAAGUUUAUUGCAUUGCGAAAGGCUACAAUACGUGUUCAGUCAUUAUGGAGAGGACGAUUGGCUUGCAAAUUAUACGAGCACAUGAGAAGAGAAGCUGCUGCUAUUAAACUUCAGAAAAAUUUGCGGAGAUAUCAGGCUAAGACGUGUUAUACACGUCUAAAAGUUGCAGUUCUUGUCAUGCAAACUACAUUUCGGGCUAUAGCUGCUUGUAACGAGUUUAGAUUUAAAAAGCGAACCAAAGCAGCAAUAAUAGUUCAGACUAAUUGGCGCUGCCACAGGGCACAUUCAUAUCACACGAAGCUAAAAAAGGCAUCCAUUGUUACCCAGUGCAGGUGGAGGGGAAGAGUCGCAAGGAGGGAGCUCAGAAAGCUUAAAAUGGCAGCACGAGAAACUGGUGCACUUAAGGAAGCGAAGGAUAAGCUUGAAAAGACAGUGGAAGAACUUACUUGGCGUUUGCAGUUAGAAAAACGAAUGAGAACAGACUUAGAAGAAGCUAAAGCACAAGAAAUAACAAAAUUGCAGAGUUCUUUGCAAGCGGUGCAAAGUAAAGUUGAGGAAACAACUGCAAUGCUUGUCAAGGAACGGGAAGCUGCCCGAAAGGCUAUUGAAGAAGAGCCUCCUGUUAUCCAGGAAAAGACAGUUGUUGUUCAAGACACCGAAAAGAUUGAUUUUUUGACAGCAGAGGUGGAACAAUUAAAGGCAUCAUUACUAGCGGAAAAACAAAGAGCAGAAGUCGCGGAAAACAGAUUUUUUGAAGCACAAAAAACAGGUGAAGAAAGAGAAAAAAAACUUGAGGAAGCAGAAGGAAAACUUCGUCAAUUUCAGGAUUCUUUGAACAGGCUUGAAGAGAAGAUAUCAAAUGUGGAAUCAGAAAAUAAAGUACUGCGUCAACAAGCUGUCUCGAUGGCUCCGAAUAAACUUUUAUCAGGACGUUCUAAAUCCAUUUUGCAGAGGAGUUCUGAAAGCGGGCAUAUCCUGGUCGGCGACACAAAGACAGCUGCAGACCAACAUUGCUUCUCCACUGUGAGGGAAAAUUCUGAAGUUGAUGAUAAACCACAAAAGUCUCUCAAUGAAAAACAGCAGGAAAAUCAGGACUUGUUAAUCCGAUGUAUUGCACAACAUUUGGGCUUUGCGGGGAGUAGACCGGUUGCUGCCUGUAUCAUAUAUAAGUGCCUUCUUCAUUGGAGAUCAUUCGAAGUUGAGCGCACAAGUGUUUUCGACCGUAUCAUUCAAACAAUAGGCCAUGCUAUUGAGACCCAGGACAAUAACGACAUCUUAGCAUAUUGGCUCUCCAAUGCUUCGACUUUGUUAUUACUACUCCAACGUACAUUGAAAGCGGGGGGAGCAGCAGGCAUGGCCCCCCAACGUCGGCGGUCAUCAUCAGCUACUCUUUUUGGAAGGAUGACUCAAAGUUUUCGAGGAACCCCUCAAGGUGUGAAUCUUUCUUUUGUGAAUGGGAAUUUGGUUGGCCGAGUAGAUACAUUGCGGCAAGUGGAAGCCAAGUACCCUGCCUUGCUAUUCAAACAACAACUUACUGCAUAUGUCGAAAAGAUAUACGGGAUGAUUCGGGAUAAUUUGAAGAAAGAGAUAUCUCCGUUGCUCGGUUUGUGCAUUCAAGCACCAAGAACAUCAAGGGCAAGUUUAAUGAAAGGAUCUUCUCGUUCACUUACGAAUGCUGCAGCGCAGCAAGCGCUUAUUGCUCACUGGCAAGGGAUUGUAAGGAGUCUCGGGAAUUUCUUGAAUACAUUGAAAGCAAAUCAUGUGCCUCCCUUUUUAGUGCGAAAGGUGUUUACGCAGAUAUUUUCCUUCAUAAAUGUGCAGCUAUUUAACAGUCUUCUAUUAAGAAGAGAAUGCUGUUCAUUUAGUAAUGGUGAGUACGUCAAAGCAGGACUAGCUGAACUUGAACAUUGGUGCUACAAAGCAACUGAUGAGUAUGCAGGUUCAGCUUGGGAUGAGCUAAAGCAUAUUAGACAGGCUAUUGGGUUCCUGGUCAUCCAUCAAAAGCCGAAGAAGACGUUAGAUGAAAUAAGCCAUGACCUUUGCCCAGUACUUAGUAUACAACAGCUAUACCGAAUCAGUACAAUGUAUUGGGAUGAUAAAUAUGGCACACAUAGUGUAUCACCUGAGGUUAUAUCAAAUAUGAGGGUGUUGAUGACCGAAGACUCGAACAAUCCUGUUAGCAACUCAUUCUUGUUGGAUGAUGAUUCAAGCAUACCUUUUUCGGUUGAUGACAUAUCAAAAUCAAUGGAGCAGAUUGACAUAUCUGACGUGGAACCACCUCCGCUAAUUCGAGAAAACUCGGGUUUCGUGUUCCUGUUGCCUCGCUCUGAAUAGAGAUAGUGCAUAGUAAUAUUGAACCCAAACAACUUGAUAUGAUUUUAUGAGACCAUCAGCAACCCGGUAUAAUCUUUUGAGAGGUCAUCAGCAGCCGUUCUGAGGUCUUGUCUGUCUACGAUUGCCCCUUCAUUUUGAGUGCUUUUCCUUAUACUAUGAACUAGAAUCCUGAUCGAGUUCACAGCAACAGAAAGAUGUAAUUUUAGUACUCCCACUUGUCGAAAAUAUUGUUUUAUUUCAAAACCUGGCGGGGCUCUUAACACAAAAUGAGCGUGAAGAUUUUUGCUAUGUAGAAUGUACUUUUUGCAGCCAAAACAUGUAAUCUCUUUUCUAUUGCAUAUUUGUUCUAUUCCCUUCUGGGCAUUUUGAUGAAUUGAUUUUGGAGAGCA